UGCUGCGAAAAUGCUGAGAGAGAAUAAUUAUGUUACUAAAGCAUAUAAGUUGUCGAGGACGCCCCGGAGUAACAGCGUAAACGUAAGCGCAAGUGUGUACGUGACGCAGGGUGGUGACCAAUCUAAAAAAUACAGUGAAACGCUUCAAAUUUUAACCCACACAAACGACGAAUUACCACCUAAGCCUAAAAGAACGUCAUUGCUUCUCAAACAACCUCUACGCUUGAUUCUUAAAAGUUUAUUAGACCCGGACGGCAUGUCCGACUGGAGGAUGUUUGCUCACAAAUUAAAUUUGGAUGACGUCAUACCGAAGCUAGAAAAAGACACUAGACGAAGUGCUACGUAUGAAUUGCUCAAUAUAUGGGAAUCAAUUCGCUCGGGAGACGAUGCAGCAGACUGGAAUAAUUUGGAGAGAAUUUUUGAGGAAAUCGGACGAAAAGACGUUAUAACUGAAAUACUGAUAGCAAAAUCAGAGUCCUCGGCUAUUUGAAUCGCAUCCAUUGAAGGUUUCGUAGCUCGUGCCUGGCUGGCUCGCUUAUGCUAUGUUCUCACACGGCAGCUAACGGUUAGCAGGAUCCGAACCCUGUUUUAACCGUUAGCUGCCGUGCGUCCAUACGAGAAAAUCCCGAUCCGAAUACGUAAGCGCUAACCAAUCGGGCGUUCUCACACAGGUGCUCUCGUGAGAACCGGCUUUAGUGUUUACUCUUUCGUCAUCUGAUUAGACAACUCACACUUGUGUUUUGAUUGGACCAACAUGAUUGGCUGGGAGGGACACGCUUGUUCCUUGGUACUGUACUUGUGGUUUUUCCUCUUUUGGGAACUCUGGCCAUAAGAAGUUGGAAUUCAUAUUAAUUCUUUAAAAAUAAAAUGCAACAAUUGUUUAUGCUGAUAAUAAAACAUAACUUAGACUAACUUCUGUUAAAGUUGUCCGACAUUUUUCGGUUAUAAAUAAAUAUAGACCUUAUAACCUCUCUGAUAUUUAAUACAAUUUAUAAUUAUUGUUAUUUUCCUAUUAUACCAUACCUUGUGUAAAGUAUAUAAUAUAUAUCUAUAUAUAUAUAUAUAUCUAUAUAUAUGUAUGUUUUUCUUCAAUAUUGCCUUACAGAGAAAAACCUAUUUUUGAGAAGUACUUCGGCAGUGUUUUGUUAUAAGCAAUUUUACAAGUGAUUGUGAAUUUUCAUUGAGCAAAAAAUAGUAAAAUUAUAUUUUAUGAAUGUUAUGAUAUACAAACUAAUUCAAGCAUUAACUAACAUUAAUUACACAUCAAACUAUUUUUCUAUUUUGAAAUUAGUAGGCCUAGGCCUACGUAGAGGCAUAGGCUAUUCUGUUUUUCCCCCUUUUUCUUAUAAUAUUGAAUACUAAUUUCUUACGAUGUUAAUACAUUAGGUUUGACAUGAAAUAAAUGUAUAUUAUGUCUUUUUUUAUUCUAUUUUUAUUUAAAAAAAAAAAAAAAAAAAAAAAAAAAAAAAGUUCCUUUUCUUUCUUUCUUUUAAAUAGCAGAAUAUGUUAGCCGCAAAGGUUUAAUACAAUGAAAAUAGACUACCGUACUUGUACGCGAAUAGCUCUAUGCCUAGCAACAAUUUUAAUGCGUAUUGUGUGCGCGUUACGUAAUGCGUAGAUGGUCAUGCACGCGCGUGACGCCUGGCCUUCAAAAUGUACUUUUGCUAUAAUAAAUGUUUCACUAAACACAAGAAAUUUGUCAACAUUAGAAUCGUUAAAUUGAUUUGUAUUCCGGAACUGAUAAAACAAAACACAACAAUAUUAUUAGAUACACACGCCGUAGAAAGGUAUGUAGGCCUAUACAUUUUAAUGCAAUGCCUUUUCGGUCAUCUUAUGCCUUUUUUCUCACAGGAGAUCCACAGACCGCUUGCCAAACAUAAUUAUGGCUUGGCUGUAGGCCUAGGCCUGGGCCUACACACAGGCCUCAGGGGCGGAUUUAGAGGGGGGAUAA